CCGCACUAAGGCGGCGACGAGCCCCGAGGCGAAGCGAGGCGGCGCGACGAGCCGAGCCCGAGGCGAGCCCCGUGGCCGUGUGUGAGCGCGACUGAGGCGGCAGCGGCGGCUCCUCCUGGCGGCCUCCCCGGGGCCGGCGCGGGACUGUGCCGGGAGGGGGCCGCGGCGCCGCCUCCUCCCCUCCCCUCGCCCGGCACGGGCAGAGGCGGGCGGCCGGGGCUCCCCCGCGGCGGCGGGCGGGCGGCAUGAGCGCGGCGCUCUGAGGGGCCGGCGGAGCGGGGCUCGCCCCGAGCAGCUUCCCCCGGGGGCCGCGGCCGACGGAUCGGACUCGGCUGGGACCUGCCGUGACUGCCCUGGCUCCUCCCAUGGCAUGAGCCCGUGCUCUCCUCCCCGCUCCGCCUGCUUUUGGUCUUUCUCCGCUCCUGGGCUGUCCGAUGGGAUAACGUCGGCUCGCCCGGAGUCGAAGAUGAGCUGGCAGUGCGCUCGCCAGCACCGGAACGGCGGCUCCUCCGUCCUGCUGCUGCUGCUGCUGCUGCUCUGGCACUGCUGGGUCCGGCCGGCCGGCGCCGACAACGCCAGCCAGGCGUACUACACCGCCCUCAUCAACGUGACGGUGCUGAGCCCCGAGCGGGGCGGCCCCACGCUGCUGAGGAUCGACCGAGGCCGCUACGGGCAGGAUUCCCCCAAGGUGGAGGUCAAGGGCCUGCUGGUGGCUCCCGUCCCCAUCAACGGAGUUGCAGAUCGCCUGGGCUGUGACCCUCGAACACGUUUCCAAGUUCCACCAAACACCAAGCAGUGGAUUGCUUUACUACAGCGAGGAAACUGUACAUUUAGAGAGAAAAUACUGCGAGCAGCUUCACAUAAUGCCACAGCUGUGGUCAUUUACAACAAUAUAUCCAGUGAAGAACCUGUCACGAUGACUCAUCAAGGAACUGGAGACAUUGUUGCUGUCAUGAUUACAGAAUCAAAGGUUAAGGAGAUCCUGAAUUACUUGGAAAAGAAUAUCUCUGUCCUGAUGGCAAUAGCAGUGGGAUCCCGUGUUCCUCCAAAAAACUUCAGUCGGGGCUCUCUAGUCUUUGUGUCAAUAUCAUUCAUUGUUUUGAUGAUAAUUUCUUCAGCAUGGUUAAUAUUUUAUUUCAUCCAGAAGAUCAGGUACACAAGUGCACGUGACAGGAAUCAGCGUCGUCUUGGAGAUGCUGCCAAGAAAGCCAUUGGUAAAUUGACAACCAGGACAGUAAAGAAGGGUGAUAAGGAAACAGACCCAGACUUUGAUCAUUGUGCUGUCUGCAUUGAGAGUUACAAGCAGAACGAUGUUGUUCGCAUUUUACCAUGCAAGCAUGUUUUCCACAAAGCUUGUGUGGAUCCAUGGCUUAGUGAGCACUGUACGUGUCCAAUGUGUAAACUGAACAUUUUGAAGGCACUGGGAAUUGUGCCAAACGUGCCAUGUACAGAUAAUGUAGCCUUUGACAUGGAAAGGCUCACCAGAGGCCAGCCAACUAGCAGGCGAUCAGCACUGGGCGAUUUUGCCAAUGACGGCUCUCUCAGCCUGGAGCCCCUGCGCACCUCUGGGAUGUCACAGCUUCCACAGGACGGAGAGCUAACGCCAAGGUCAGGAGAGAUCAACAUUGCUGUGACAAGCAGUCACUUCUUUCAUCGUAACUCUCUGUCCCCUCGAAGCCUGGUCUACGAGAGCGAGUUCUCAACCAUCGAGCCUGCCUUGGACAUGUAUGACGAGAACAAAACCUGAAAGGAAUCCAUGCUCUUUCCUGGCCCUUUUUCUGUUUUUUUCAUUUCUCAUUCCUAUUGUUGUGUACUCUUUCCAUGGAUCUCCUUUGUCUGAAGAAGAGCUGCUUUUUCCAGAACACGAACCCGCCUUCUCAAUUGCAAAGAUGAAGACCAGCUGUGGUGGUUUCUGAGGGUGGCAUCUUUGAGCUGACAGAGUUGCGCGCAAGCAAGAUCGUCUGAUGGAAAUUGCUGAGUAACAGCAUGGGGAGCUGUGUCGGUCCAGCCGCGGCAAUGCAGAAGAGGUUUUACGGUGGUCCUAAGAGUUUGUGUUGUACUGCAAAUGUGUCUCUUACACAGGCAUCUGCUGUUUCCAUAUUUUUAAUUGUCCAGAUGGUUGGGCAAUGUCAGAAAGGGAACUGGUUGUAGAGGAGAUGGCCAGUGACUGGUAAAAGCACUCGUAUAUCUUGGUCAAUCCAUAACCUUACUGUGAAAUAGCCCCUUCUGAAAGGGACCUUUAUAAGUGCAUUGAGUUUCCUACAACCCACGUAACCCCGGACAAUAGCAAGCCAGUCUGACGUUAAAGCUGCAGAGAGGACCUGCAUUUGCAGCAAGAUUUCGAGGAACUUAAUGCUUGGGUUUUUCUCCAAUUCAAUUGAAGCAGGAGAAAAAUGGCCUACACAGAAUAUACUUUUGGUCCUUCUGUGUGCUCAAGUCAAGUGAGUCUCUUUCUAUGGAGAGGACGUUCACAGAACCAGCACUUGAUCUACCUGAAAACCAUUAGACUUUUUGAAAUAUGCAGGAAUCUAAUUAGCUUUCUUUCUCACUUAACUUUUGGGGGGGGUGGUGUAAAAAAUCCACCAAAUUUUUCACUGAGGUUUUUUAAAAGCCAGCAUGUUGGCAUUACACAGAGAAGAAAAGAGGUAAGCUUCUUAUCCUGUUCUCCCAUUGAAAUCUGCAACAGUUAAAUAACAAACAUGUUCUCUAAGCCGUACCCUUUCCCACUGACAUCAAUAACGGGAAUGCAGAAAGCAGAAGAAGAAAG